GAGAAAACUCUUCAGCAUGACUGGGAAACAUGGCUUAAAGAAAAAAAAGCAAUUUCAGUUGGUCGUUCGAUUCACAAUACCAACGUCAGCAUACAUACCGAUUUCAACUCUGUAGUUGUUGAGAAUAUUGCAAACCAAGUAGAAGCCAACAAUGUAAAUGCAGGAGAGGGCAUUGGCAGCAACGAAUCAACUAAAAAAGGUGUUAGUGGAGACAGUGAUGUCGCCGAGUCAGAGAAUUGCGCAGCUUUAUCAGACAGUGCCUUACUGAAAGCCAGAAGUGAAGCUGACGUGGAGAUUGACGAGAUUCGCGACGAGUUUGCAGAGAAUAUUGAAGGCCGACAGACAUCAUGUCGAAGAAAGUCAUGGAUUUUGUCCAGUGGAACAAACGUUGGAGAUGUUUUAACAGAGUACAAGAAAACAAUUCCAGAUAAGGAAAAUUUUCUGAACCCGGCAUAUUGGAAUAUCCUGGAUCUGACAGGUGACCAUUCUGAGACGAAAUGCCUCUUUUCAGAGGAUGAUUGGACAGAGAUGACAGCGAGCUUCGAGCAAGAAGUGAAGUUGACGGAAUCAGAGGUUUCAGAAGGCGUGUUAUAUUUUUUUGACGAGUUGGAAAAGGCAGAUGACAUCCUUAUGGCCAUUGAACAGAUAUCUCCCGAAUUAAUUGAAAAUACGUAUGAUAUUAAUCUUAGUAUUAAGGCUCGAGAGGAUGUCGCAACUAUUCGACGCGCGAUUAUAUCAUAUACCGAGAAUCUACGUUUCGUUGACCUUCCAGUAUCCGAAGCGUCUUUUGACAAUGCAUUUACGAAUAUGCUGACAAAGCGGUUUCUGGAUCCAGAAGAGCUGAAGAUUGACGUUGGUGAAAUCGCAUGCUGGGCUUCUGCUGAACGUCGCAAUGUUGGCCGAUCUAUUCUCCUCCGUGCCCGCAUCGGGCAGAAGUGUGAUUUACGGGCAUUAAUGAAAAAAAGUAUCAACAAUUUUGAAUGUCUGAUCGGCUUACGUAGUGGCGGACUCCCCGAAGCCCAUCGAAAAAAAAUUUUUGAGGAUCGUAUCGACUUAGCAGUAACACUUCGUGACAUUAUUUCCCGAUUAUUUGCGUCAAAUUCGAAGGCGCAAGAUGACCAGCUGCAUAAAACGUUCGUUGUUGGGAUGCAAUCGUGGGGUUGGGUUCACGAGAUAUAUGCAAUGGACUGUAAAGCUACUAAUAUAAUGCGUUUCGGAAGACUUCAUCGAUCUAGGCUACCAAACACAGCAAUAACACUUCCGUGCUUGGAAGAAUUUUUUGUUGUUAUGUCGGACCUCAUGGCAACCUUCAAAAUCAUGCGGAAACAUGUAAACAACAUAGCUCUGGAAAAUUCACGAGCACAUCGCAAGAGGAAGAAUAUAUCUGGCAACAAGCAAACACUUGAAGUGGGUGGAUGUUUCGGGACGACCCCAACUACACCACUAAAAAAAACACGCGAGCGUGAUGUUGAUGGUUGA